AUGCUUUUGAGGUACCACUUCUCCAAUUUAUUAUAUUUAUUGUGGUUCGGGUUCGUCUUACGCAAAUCAUCUGAAACGGGUUUAACGAUCGAAACAGACAAUGGUUUGGUUGGAUCGCCGGAAAUAAAGUGUAAUCCGGAAACCAUUGAAUUAGCAUUCAAAACCAAACGAGAAUUCCGAGGUAAAGUAUUUGUGAAAGGUCACUAUAACAACCCAAACUGUCGAGUUGAUUAUGGGAAGCCAAUCUUAGACAGCAAAAAUCCAGUAGGCAGUAUUACAUUAAGUCAUGGGCAGUGCGAUAUGAAUCGACAACGAAUGAUCCAACCUGAAGGCAUGCAGCUUUCAACAAUCCUUGUUAUCAGUUUUCAUCCGUUAUUUAUAACGAAACUUGACCGAGCUUUUCACAUCAGAUGCAUGUAUCGGGAGAUCGUACGCGCAGUUUCUUCCGGAAUCGAAGUGAGUGCGAUAGCAACACAAGGGUUGGAAUACCAGUAUCCAUUUCCAAACUGCAUCUAUACGAUUCGCAGGGAUGAAAUUGACGGACCGAUAUUGAAGUACGCAAGAGUUGGUGACCAAAUCGUUCAUCGUUGGGAGUGUUUAUCUGAUGUUUAUGGUUUGUUGGUCCAUAACUGUUAUGUGGAAGAUGGACAAGGGGAGAAGCAAAUUAUCAUAGAUGAGAACGGGUGUCACACGGACAGAACAGUUUUGGGUGACCCCACGUAUGUGGAAUCUCUCAACAUGGCAUAUCGUGAAUCACUGGUAUUCAAAUUCGCUGAUCGGAUUAUUGUUCAAUUCAAAUGUCAAAUUCGUCUGUGCGUUAGAGACGGUGGUGGCUGUAUUGGUAUUACUCCGCCGAUGUGUUACGACGAGAAAGAGAAAACAAACGAAGUAUUUGUAACAACAGAUGAUUCUGUGGUUAAUCACGCAAUAAAAUUGAACGAUGUCACUGACAUUCACUCAAAAAAGCGUCGUCUAAUGCGAUCUUCGGUAUCUGAAAGAUCAAGACUCAUAGUUGAUGCCGAUUUAAUAUCACAGCUUGUUUAUGUGCUGGAUGCCGAUGAUGAUGAUGGUGCAGGUGAUGAGCUCCGUAAUUUUCACAAAAAUUAA